UGAAUCAUGGUCAAUUCCGUAAGUUUAAAGGUUAUGUUCACCACAAGUAAAUAAUGCAGCAUGAUAAGAAUUUAAUAUUUCUCUAAUUAUAUAUAAUUAAAAAAAAAAAAAAGUGAAAUAGUUUUUCGUACCGUAAAUUAUACAUAAUAAAAAAAAACAAAAUGGUGCAAGUGGGAGAUUUUGAGGCAGUUGUACUAGCCGCUGGAAAAGGUUCGCGUAUGAUGGAAUUGACAGCUGGAAAACCAAAAUGUUUACUUCCAAUUGGUAAUUAUCCAAUGAUUUGGUAUCCACUGCGUCUUUUAGAAAAAACUGGAUUUAAUGCGGCUUUUGUCAUUGUCGCUGAAUCGUCAAAAAAUGAAAUUAUCUCAACUCUAGAUAAAUUAAAUCUUAAAAUAAAACUCGAUUUAAUUGGUGUCUCCGAGGAUGAUUUAGGAACAGCUGAUUCAAUGAGAUUAAUUUAUGAGAAAGUGAAAAAAGAUUGUCUAGUUGUUUCUUGUGAUUUAAUUGCCAAUGUUGAUAUAAUACCAGUUUUAAAUUUAUAUCGAAAAAAUAAUGCAAGUAUCACGGCAUUAAUGUUGCCAGUGCCGAAAAUUUCCGACGAUUGCAUAAUAGCUGGACCGAAAAAUAAACAAAAGCCAGAAACCGAUUUAAUUGGCAUUGAAGAGAAAACAAAUCGAUUAGUAUUUUUUGCCUCAGCUUCUGAUUUUGAGGAGAAUGUUUUUUUACCAGCACGAUUGUCACAAAAACAUACGGAUUUUAAUAUUCAUUCGAAAUUAUUGGAUGCACAUCUUUAUGUUAUGAAUAAAUGGGUUUUAAAAUAUUUGUCUUUUAAUAAGAGUUUUAUUUCGAUAAAGGGCGAUUUUUUGCCGUAUAUAAUUUCAAAACAAUUGGCAAAACCACCAAAAUGCUUUGUGGAUGAUAAAAAUACUUCUAUUGUAAAAUUAAACAUUAAAGAAGAUAUUCAACGUUUUUGUAGUGAAAGUUAUCUCGAUGGACUUAUUAGAGAGAUGUCAUCUUUUAAUGAUUGUCAGACGAAUUUAGAUAAUUCUUAUCACGAUGAUAUUAUUAGAUGUUACGCUUAUAAAGUAACUGAACAAUGUGGUUUGAGGGCGAAUACAAUUCAAAUGUACAGUUUAGCAAACGCUACAAUCGAUAAAUGGUGGGAAUUUGUAAACAAAGAUUCGAAAAUAUCUCCAAAUGCUACUGUAAAAAGUACACAAGUUCAAGAAUGUCGAAUUGACAAUAAUGCAUUAAUUGAUGAGAAAACAUCAUUGAAACAAAGUAAUAUUGGUGCAAAGUCUACAAUCGAAACAAAGACGAGAAUUUCUAAUUCUAUAAUUAUGGAUAAUGUAACGAUUAAACAAAAGUGUGCGAUUAUUAAUAGCAUUCUAUGUAACGGAUGUGUAAUUGAGGACGAAACAACGAUAAAAAAUUGUUUAGUGGGUGCAAAAUUUACCAUUUCAAGUGGUCAAGAACAUUCUCAUGAAAUGUUAACGGACGCCGAUGAAUUAAUGGAAAUUUAAAUUUCAAAUUUAAAUUUAAUUUUUUAAUUCUGUAAAUAAGAUUUCUUUGAAAUAUAAAACAAAAUUUUUCAAUUUA